UCUUCCUUUUGUCCUCUUCAAUCUUACUCUUAAAUAACACAACCCUUCACACCACAUCAAAUGUCACAUAACUAAGAGACAAAGUGACUGAGGGCAUUAGCAGAUGGCUAAUCCACACAUUGCACUGCUGAAACUCACCUCCAUCUUCAUUGUCAUUUUUGCCUCAGCACCUGAACUGUGUGGAAGCAAUAAGACUUUCACUCUAGUAAAUUACUGCAAGGAGACAAUAUGGCCUGGCAUAACGCGCAGUGACAACCACAGUGGCGACGGCUUCGCAUUGAAAUCAGGACAAACAACUGUAUAUACUGCUCCAGAUGGAUGGAGUGGGAGGAUAUGGGCUAGAACAGGCUGCGACUUUGACAACAACGGCAAUGGAAAGUGCAAAACAGGUGGCUGUGGCACCAGCAUAAACUGCACUGGCCCUGGAAGCCCUCCAGCAACAAGUGCUGACUUCACCCUUGGUGAACCUGAUUUCUAUGAUGUUAGCCUUGUGGAUGGCUUCAACUUGCCUAUAGUAGUGAAAGCUAUUAAUGGCACAGGGAACUGCAGCACUGUUGGCUGUGAUGGAGAUUUGAGGCAGAACUGCCCUUCAGAGCUUGCUUCUAAGGACAAUGACAAAGUUAUUGCUUGCCGGAGUGCAUGUGAUGUCUUCAAUACUGAUGAUUAUUGCUGCAGAGGGACUUAUGGAAACCCUGCAACAUGUUUGGCUUCAAACUACUCCAAGAUCUUCAAACAAGUGUGCCCUGCAGCAUAUAGUUUUGCACUUGAUGACCCAACAAGUCUAAUAACUUGUUCAAAAGCAGACUUUGUUGUGAUAUUCUGUGGAUCAAGGAAUCAGACAGCUUGUUCCUAUCAAGACAAGCAGGUUGUAUGUAAUCGACCAAAUAAAGCCUAUAAAGCCAUACCUCAGAGCUGGUGGGUCCUGAUGCUCCUCCCAUUGACAUACGGGUUCAAUUUAAGGAUCACACCUUAGCCGAUUAUGCAAUUGAAGAACUUCUCUUUGUUACAAUUUUUUUUUGUUGUUGUUGAAAUUCUCUUUGUUACAAUCAUUAAUUCAUUUUAACAACAUUGAUUACAUGAGGAUGUCCUCGAGCAUUAACACAUGAUGUAAAGAAUUUUCUGCCUUGGAAGUUCAAAUUUUUAUCUAUAUUUUUUUUUCAAUCCUA